CGCGAGCCGCGCGCGACGCUCGUGCCUACGCGCAUCCCGCGAGACCACCUCCACGCGCUGCAUCGUUAUCACAUACCAGUUUUAUACGUGUUUUCACUGUGUCUUUCCCCAAAAGUGGGUCCACUGACCAAGUUAAGUGCUACUCUCGGUAUAUCGAGACAGGAAUUUAGUUGACGCCGCUCGAACCGGAGGAAGCCGGUCCAUAUCUCACAAGAAACAGUGAUUACAAUUGACUCAAGAUAGGGCCACUAACAGAUCCAAGAUGGGUGCCACGAGGGCUAAGAAUACCAGAGGCGAGCAACAUCGCCAUACAAGUCACUCCACCAGAUGGCGAAGAAGAUGACGAGUUCGUACCGACGCUGCGCAUGCGCCGGAAACUGAGCACGCCGCUCAGUGCGAUGCCCGGAGUAACUGAUGGACUGAUUAACUUACCAAAUCUACGCGCUUCUCCGUCGCGAUCUUUGUCGCCGUUGGAUCGCACGAAGCGACGUUUCAGCACUAUGGUCUCAAGUAGCGCCGCCGCAGCAGUGUCCCGGCGGCUCUCGGCAACUAUCGGCUGGUGCCUGGCCAGCCCCACACAAGUCAAACCACAAAUAGUCCGGCAAGGACGCGCUUUAUGCAUACAAUACAUUAAAACUCAGAUUAGAAGAUCCACUUUAUGCGCAAAAAAGCAAAUAGUAAUUAAACGAUUACAACGAAUGCUGGAGACUGAAUGCGGAGAGGAAGCUGUGAGUAACUCGGAGUCUGGUGUAUUGGUGGGGCUCCGUGCGUUGUGCGCUGCGCUGGAGAGGAAGCGACCUGAUGCAUUCCGGCAAGUGGCGAGACAGGCCACUCGCGCCCCCUCCGCCAUGCUGCGCUCGGAUACAGCACUCGCGGAACUCGCCCUUGCACUAGCAAGACGCAUCACUAGGGAAAAUAUUACAUGGUCUAAGAUAGCAGCAGUUUAUUGCGUCUGUGGGGCGCUCGCGAGGGAAGCUGCUGAAGCUGCAGAUGGAGAACCAGCUCUUGAGCUGGUGUCAGCUCCUGCAGCCGCUAUUGCUGACCUUCUUCAUGAGGAACCUGGUUCCUGGAUCGCGUCACACGGUGGAUGGAACGGUCUAGUGGAGCGGUUGCUGGCCAGUGAAAGAGAUCAGAGAUCUGAGAAGAACCUUCGUGUGCUGGUGUCAUUUUUCGUGCUAGCGUGCCUGAGUUUAUUACUGUUUCGAUGGGUCCUACAUGCACACCCCGCAUACGACGACUAAACUUCCUCUAGUGUUUGUGGAAAACCCAACCAGAAAUGUAAAAAAAAACGCAUCAAUUUGCGGAUCUCCCGAGACUUGAAAACGAUUGCAGCGCCCCCAACUGUGUUUUUAUUUUUCUGGUGAGGCUAUAGUUAGAAGCGUUAUGAUACUAGUUUAUUAGUUUUGUUUUAGGUGAAUGUUUUUUCUUAUAUAGCUAGAUACAAGAGGUAGCGAAAUUAAUAUUUAAUGUACAAAGAUUAUUAUAUGUAUAUAUAAAUAUAUUGUAUUAUGAUCCCGCGAAUCAUUGGCUUCAAGUUCCCUUCUUCACUUUAAAAAACUGCAAUGAAAUAAGAACGAGAACAAAGCGAAGUAACUUGACUACAUCUGUUUUAUAGUAACUGUCGUGAGACAAACUUUUAUUGAAAAUGGCAUGGUGACGUCGCGCAAACAACGCGCAGUCAGUUGGUUGCGCGACGUCGCCGCGACGCGCACGCUGCUCAUGAGUAAGAGUCCCGUUGUAUCUUGAAAAUAGUAGAGUAUUGCUCAGUUAAUUCGUUAUUUUCAACAAAUUUAUCUUCAUCUUGUUAUUUCACAAUAUUGUGUUAUAUGCAUUUUCUUCAACUUCUUAAAACUCCAUAUAAGUAUAAUACAUUUUAACAGAUUUAAUGAACCAAAACUUUUUUAAGUAAUAAAGUAGUCAUAUGUACCUACCAAGAAACAUUAAUUCUAAACAAAUUUUUUUUUAUUGUGGCAUGGGUACGAAUUUUUCAAAUGGGCCCAUUUUCACCAGAGUUUAUUAACUUUGUCUAUUACUCUGUAAAAGUGCGAAAAUCCAAAGAUGUAAAUUAUUAGACAGGUUCUUUGAAGCCAUACUGUUUAAAAACUUAUUUAUUGUAACCCUUAACCACA